CGUUCGCAGCAGAAAAGAGUUGAAAACGAACAUCACCUUUCUGGAACGGAAUGCUCAAGGCAACGUUACAGAGAGGACGUGAGAGUCGAAACGAAUUCGGAGAGUGAACGUACACCUUCGUAGCUGCGUUUCUUUGGAGAUCUCCAAAAUCCAGGCAGGACACAGAGACGCUCGCCCAUUCAGGUCUGCAUUCAAUAUUCACUGAACUAUUCAUCAAAAAAGAUACUCAUACUCCAAGCUUCCACGCACAUUAAUAAUAUCUAUAGAUGUAUGUACAAAUGCAGCUGCAUUUGGGGGUCCCAUUUGAGUUUUUGAAUUCCUGUCCUUCCGUCUUUUGACGCUUCCUUCUCUUCUCCUUCCUCGUUCGUUGUGUCGUCAACUUCCUUACACCUUCGUUUACUUUUCGGUCUCUACACCCCUCUUUCGAUUCCCCCUCUGUGUCGCCGUUCCCUUCCUGCCUUUCCCUCUUUCCUUCUUUCUUUCCCUUCCGUUCAUCUUUCUUCUCUGUCUUCGCUGCUUCUCGUGUCUCUCGUUUCUCUCAUUUCUUCUCGCGUUCCUGCUGUCUCAAGUUGGCCGGUUUGGGGACGCGCGGCGUUGUUCGUAGGGAGUGUAGGGCACAUAGGCGAUGCGGCCGGCCUUCAUUAUUCGACAGAUCGACUCCUCUCGCGGUUCGUUCCGCCUUUCUCUCGGAGAGUCUCUCUCUCGCGCUUCCGGGAGAGAGAGAACGUAGCGCUUCCACAUUUGCUUCAGCAGAUGAGGCGCCCUUUCUUCUUCAUGCUCUUCCCUCGGCCUCCGCCCACACUGAGACAGAAGCCCCUCAAGAAUCGGAUCAGACUCCCUCCAUCCUUCUCGCCUUCUUCUCUCCUCCCUAGUGCACUCGUUGUCCUCUCUCUCCUCUCGCCCUCUUCUCUCUCGCAAGCUGCGCCUCUCCCCCGCCUUCGCCUCCUCUCGGCUUCUCCCGCGCCGCGCUCCUUCAAGAGGCUGCUGUACGCAGCGCGCGUCAAACAACCCCGCGUCGAUCCCCUCGUGGACUGCAGCCGCCAGCGCUUGUCGCCCUUGUUCGUGGCUCAACAUUUCCCGAAUAUAAGCCGAAAACUCGGUGUCGACGCGUUGGUGCAAGACCACUCCAAGCUCGGAACUGCUUCGCCUGACGCAGUGCCCAUCCACCGGCGGUUCGCUUCGCCCUCUGCCGCGAGUGUCGCCGCCGCUUUCGCUCGCCUUUCUGGAGUUUCUUUUCGGCUCUCCCCUCUCUCUGCUCGUCGCGAGGGACCGCUGAACCCCCUUGGCUGUACAGCCGCCUCUCCUGCGCCGUCCCCUCCAGGCGGCUUCGUGCUUCGUGUGUAUGCGGCGAGAGCGGAAGACGGCAAGGAGGACCUUGGACGCGAAGAGGGAGAAGGAGAGGCGUGGAAAUCGAACAAGGGAGACGCAGAGCGAAGAGAGGAUGGAACAUCGAAAGGACAGGGGAACGGGGAAAGAGGUCUCCUCCGAAAAAGGCGAGGAGGAGGAGCAGGUGCCGCAGAAGCCAUGCUCAAGAAGGAGAGCAAAUAGAGAGGAGAAAAUGGGGGGGGAGGGGCGAGCGGGUGAGUGAGGUGGAAAGCGACAACGCUGGCGAGAGCGAGACGUCGAAAAAAGAGAGAUAAGGGCAAAGGACGAAGAGAAUUGCGUCGCCACGGUGAGGGGAUGACUCUCGUCUACACGGAGCUCGAGUCCGACAUAGUUGAUGGGAGCUAAACGCUUGGUCUUCCGCCGCUUGAGAGAUUCUUCGGAAAAAUUCCAGCAGUCUCAAAAAUCGCGACAAAGUCCUUUUGACCGCUCGAAAAACGCUCCUCUCUCAACUCAACUCCCCUUCCUGACUUGCGAUCCGUUCUGCGCACAGGUAUACAAAUGGCCUCGACCAUAUCUCUCUCUCUCUGUCGCUAUCGAUCUGUGUAGAUGUAUGCGUAUGCGUAUGUCUAUAUGUUGAUAUCGACGUAGAUGUGAGCGGUUAAGCUACACCUCUUUGUUUGCGCAAAAUUGUCUACGAAGGCGCUUGCGCUCCUGUGUGAACAUGUAUGUUUUCGUUGGCGGGUGUCGAAAACUCGACGGAGCUAGCUCGCUAGCCUGAUUGCAGUGCAUUUAGAGACUCUCAAAGCAUUCUUGUUGCGAUACCCAAGUCUCAGUGUCCCUCCUGGCCGCUCGUCGUUUUUUUGAGAGGAGAAGGCGCGGGGACGGACGUCGUUGUCGAUACUCGAGUACGCGCAGUGGCAAUUUCGAGUUCCUCUUUACGGUUUCGGCGGGGCCUUCCUUUCGCUACGUUUUCUGUCGUGAUCGAGACUGUUGACGCGUUUCAAACGAGCAGAUGCACAAAUGCAUUUCUGCACUCUCUUCUCUUCGCCUGUGAAACUUCGGUGCCGAUACACAAGGCAGAGUGUCUUGCCGCUCUUCCGAGAGCAGGCCAGAGCGUCGGAGUAGAGGGCCGCUCUUCUCCGUUCCUUCUUCGAUUCUCCUCUGCGCGUCCCUCCGGACAGAACCGUUGUUCUUCUCCGUUCCUUCUUCGCUUCUCCUCUGCGCGUCCCUCCGGACAGAACCGUUGUUAUUCUCCGUUCCUUCUUCGCUUCUCCUCUGCGCGUCCCUCCGAGACGCCCCCGUCACCUAAGAGCACUCGGCGCGCUCGGCGUCAGACCGGGAAGGGGAAGCGAGGAAGCCGCCUGGAGUCUGAGUUCUUCCUCUCGGUCUCUCCAGAAAGCGGCGCGAGAAGAGAACUUGAAAACGCGCUGUGCUUCCUCUCUGCAAGUCCGAACUCUCCUCUGAGGCGCCGCCUCUCUUUGCU